AUAAGUGAAAAUAAUCCUGAUCUUUGGAAGUUUUUAAAAAGAUUUAUUUUGUAUUUUCACAUUAAAAUAUUUUAAUUAAGCGAAAAUAAAAUCUUAAUUUAAAUGAAUAAUGUUUAAGAAAAUUGCUUUGGGUAUAUCUGGAGGAGUAGACAGUGCUGUGGCUGCUCUACUUCUCAAAAGAGGAGGUUUUCAUAUUGAAGGAGUCUUCAUGAGAAAUUGGGAUAGCAAUUACGAAGCUGGGUUUUGUUCAGAUGAGAAAGAUUUUGAAGACGCAACAUUUGUUUGCCGUAAACUGGAUAUUCCUUUACAUCGUGUGUACUUUAUAAAAGAAUAUUGGAACGAGGUAUUCACAGUACUGUUGGAAGAAUAUGAGACUGGACUGACUCCAAACCCAGAUAUACUUUGCAAUAGAUAUAUUAAAUUUGAUAGUUUUUUCGAACAUUGCAGGAACAAUUUAGGAGUUGAUGCUAUAGCUACCGGCCACUAUGCCAAUACGUCUUUUGGUCCAUUCUUAGAACGAUAUUCAGAUGAUGAAGGUGUCAGAUUAUUGCAACCUGCAGAUAAACACAAAGACCAAACAUUUUUUCUAUCACAAGUGAAACAAUUUUCAUUGAGAAGAUGUAUGUUCCCAAUAGCCAAUUUACUAAAAAGUCAAGUAAGGGAAAUAGCCAAGACUGAAGGCCUUCUAAAUGUUGCUAACAAAAAGGAUAGCACAGGUAUAUGUUUUAUAGGAAAAAAGAGGUUUCAAGAUUUUAUUGAAGAGUACAUAGAUACAAGAUAUGGUCAUUUCAUAGACAUUGACACAGGACAAAUAGUGGGGGAGCAUGGUGGUCUACACAAGUGGACAGUUGGCCAAAGGUGCUGCCUUGCUAAUUGGAAAGAUGCCUACUUCAUUUUCAAGAAAGAUUUGAUAACUAACAAUAUUUAUGUGGUGGCUGGAACUAAACAUCCUGCUAUAUGGAAUGACUUAUGUUUUACCAGAAAACCGCAUUGGAUUAACCAAGAACCCAAUGAAUUAUCUCAAGGAGGUGUGCUUAGCUGCUCAUUCAGAUUCCAACACACCAAACCUCUUGUUCCAUGUAAAAUAGUAAAUAAUUCAGAAGGAUUAACAAUCUUGUUAGACACAAAACUAAGGGCUAUUACUGAAGGCCAAUUUGGAGUGUUUUAUAAAAAUGGUGAAUGUCUUGGUAGCGCAAAAAUUACAGAUGUAUGUCGAAAUGUAACUUAUUGAAUUUGAUCAUGUU